AAGAGGCUUCUUUUCUGUUCACGUGUCCAGCCCGACUUCAUUCGUGUGUCUAAGAUUUUAGAAACCAAAAAGGUUUUGUGGAAAAAAUAAUGGAUGCGCUUAGAAAUUUCAAAGACUUUCUCCUAGUAUUCAACACAAUGUCAGAGACCUGUUUUACCAGAUGCGUGAACACAUUUCAGACUAGAGAAUUGACGGAGGAUGAGGAUCGUUGUGUUGAACUAUGUUCAAAUAAAAACAUUCGGGUUAACCAUAAGGUCAUGUCUGUGUACAUGGAAGUUCAGCCCCUUAUUGUGCAAAAACGAAUAGAAGAAAUGGAGAAACUAAAUCCCCCAGCUACUGAAAAUGUUCCAGAAUCUGUAGAGACAAGCAACUAUACACAACCUGAUAACUUUACACCAUCUGACUCAAAAGAUGAAACCCAAGACACCUCUUCACAGCCUCAACCUUAAAAUUGCAUCAUUAGGUAAAAAGUGACAACAAAAAUGAACCAAAAUUUUUGCAUUGUGGUCCUAUUAGGCUUGCCUGCUAGUGGAAAGAGCUGGUUAGCAAACAAAUUAUGUAGUUUUUUGUCUGAAAAUGAUUGUGUUGUGAAGUGUGCAGCUUAUGAUAACAUUGUGAGUUUAGAAGAG